CUCCUUCCCAUAGUCUCUAGUGCUCCUCUCUAUGCCGACCUACUACAUGACUUUGUGGUCAAGCUGAACUUUAGUCGAGCUGAGGUUGAGGAUGCUGAUGCCACCCGGAUAAAGUUUCCGGGAGGCCACAUGUUCUCGUGCAGCAUGCCUAAUGACAAAACUGCCCGGGGUUCUACGAGUGGUGGAAAUGAUCUCGUUGUCAAGGCUAAGUCGAUGGGUAUCUCACCACGAUGUCGGCGGUAUCGUUUGCCGAGUGACUAUUGGUCGUAUGAGCUGUGCCCUGGGAAGGAGGUCUCGCAGUUUAGAGUUGAUGGAACUACAAUCAGCCUGGCGCAUGUUCCUAAGACGCUGAUUGGUAGCUUCGUUGGAGGUAGUAGGCGAGUCCUCAGCAAUGGUACUAUUGAGGAACGGUACGAGGAGGGAGCAGCUAACCGGACAGCCAGUGUGCAGUACGUUUGUGCUCGUAGCACGGACACUUUCAUAGAUGUCACCGAACCUGAGAUCCACCAGUAUCGGUUUGUCGUGGGUCAUCCAGCUGCUUGUACCACGUAUACUCUCGAUGAUGGUACGCAUGUCUAUGAUGAACUGGAUGAAGAGGAAGGCCCAUUCAAUAACCUCAGCGAUGUGCCGGAGGCUAGGGAGGGAUCUGUCACUAUCGACCGACUCAUUUCACUUAACUACAGG